GGUGUGAAUGCACCUUAAUCCAGAGUAAGGAGCAGGCAAUAGCAUGAGAGCAACAAAACCUCUGUUGUUAAGUAGAUUUUUAGUGAAAUGUAACAAGAACAAUGAAACCGUUAUUAUGAAGUAAUCGGAAAGAUUCCAAUUGUAAUGACCUAAUUAAGGUUUACUUUAUAAAAGGUGCACCUGGUACAGCAAUUGUAUUUGCACUUGGGUUGUAGCUUAAUAAGUAACACAACAGGGAUCACUGCUGAAUAGAAGUUGGUGAUAAAAUACUUAUGGCUUACAUUUAUGUAAUAUAAGAUGAUGUGGACAAUCUACACAAAAAUCCCCAAAAAGAAAGAUCUUUCCUUCAAAGUUAAACAUUCUUCAUUUACAGAUUUUUUACAGAUUUGGGCCUCCAUUGUGCAGAUUUUUUUUUUUUUUGUCAAACACUUUUCUCACUGCUCACAACACAGUGAGCAUUCCCAAAUAGUCUGAUGAUGUCUUCAGUUAUUAACCCCUGCGAAUAACGGAGGAAUACUGUAAUGGAUAUUGAAGGUCUGUUGGUGUCAUGUCUGCUCUGCUGCCUGUUGUACAGCGGAAGGAUCAUUUCUUUUUUUUAAUUUAGCUAUUCCCCUUUAGUCAAUGCAGUUUUUCUCCAGACAGAUGGAUUGACAUGAACCUUCACUGAGUGUUCAAUACAGAAGAGGAUUAAGUUUUUUUUUUUAGCCUUGUUUGAGUUUGGUUGUUAUGAUGAGUUUGUUUACAGGGUAGUAUUUUUUUCUUGAAAGACUAAAUGAGACCCUUAGAGGGUAAGAUAGAUCUGUUAAAUAGUAGCUCUGACAUAAACAUGUUUGAGAAACAACACAGAUUGAGAACAGUUCUCUGUAGAAUCUCAGGCUUUUUUAAAGAGUUCUGUUUAAUUUUUUUUAAAGCAUUUUGACGACUGAUAUGAAUGUAACAUACAUAAGUCUUGAGGGUCAUGUGGAGAUAGAAAAGUACAGGUAUUUCUAUUUCUUUAUGAUGUUAACUGUUUAUAUUUUGAUUGUCUGCAGCAAUUGUACGAUAGUUUCUCUGAUUGUGAUUCACAAGAACCUUCAUGAGCCUAUGUACAUUUUUAUUGCAGCACUGUUGAUCAACUCUGUUCUUUUCAGCACAAACAUCUACCCCAAACUCUUGGCAGACUUUUUAUCUAAAGAACAGAUCAUCUCUUAUGAAGCCUGUCUCCUUCAGAUUCUAAUUUUUUACUCAUCCAGUUGUUCAGAAUUCUUACUGCUGGCAGCCAUGUCUUAUGACAGAUAUGUAUCCAUAUGUAAACCUCUGCAAUAUGCUAUUCUUAUGAAAAAAACAAUUGUCUUUAUUUUACUGGGAUUGGCCUGGAUUGUACCCGUUUGUCACCUUAUUGUGCCAGUUAUUGGAAAUGCAAAGUCAGAGCUUUGCAGCUUUACAUUAAAAGGCAUUUUCUGCAACAAUUCCAUCAAUUACCUUUUCUGUGCAGGUUCUAAAGCCCUGUUAACCUUUGGUUUAGUUACUCUGUUCAACAUUGCUAUUCUUCCCAUGCUGUUCAUCAUUUUCACAUAUGCAAAGAUCCUCAUAGUGGCUUAUAAAAGUUGUAGAGAAGUUAGGAGAAAAGCUGCUCAAACCUGUUUACCUCACCUGCUGGUUUUAAUCAACUAUUCCUGCUUGCUUACAUAUGACAUGAUUAUAAUAAGGCUGGAGUCAAAUUUUUCAAAGACCGCUCGCUUUAUAAUGACACUACAGAUGAUCAUGUAUAAUCCUCUUUGCAAUCCAAUCAUUUAUGGACUGAAAAUGACAGAAAUUUAUAAACAUGUGAAGAAUUUGUUCUAUAAAGUUAGACAUGACUGCUGA